UGAUGCCCAAGAACCUCACAAAAAGCUCUCAUCACCCAAUUCCGACCAAACCCCCGGGGUAGUGCUGCCUUUUCUCCUCUCCUCCUCUCCUCCGCCUCGACAUGGCCCUGCAACUGUGGCAGACCCUGAAAAAAGCGAUCUUAGCCUACACGGGGAUGUCGAUCUUGGCCUACUCCCCCGCGACCUUCUUCACGGUCCUUGCCCUCGGGCUGGCCGUGUACUACGUGAUCUCUGGCCUGUUUGGGUCGCCAGAAGCUCAUCAGAGGCCGAGGGACGACUGCAAGGAGCAAAUGCAGCCCCUGCCUCCUUCUGAUUCAACUGGGGGAGCUCGUGGAGGAGGAGCUGAAGCAGAAGCAUGGGACGACGCGCCCGGUUCCAUCAAGCCCCCUUUUCCAAUGGCCCCCAUCAUCAAGCGCCAAAUCUCUGACGUGUCCCAGAGCAGCGAAGGUCAGCUUAUGUUUCUCAGGGGAGAUGUGAGUUUUGAUUUUCGAAAAGAAGAGACCAUCGGAUUAGAUUUUAUAAAUGGGAUAAAUUUAAAGGAAAAAUCAUCAUCAAAAGAUGAUACUGUUAGGGCAACAAACCCUCAAGAGGUGAAGAUCAUCAACCAUGUAGAAGCAGAAGAAAAACAAGCAAGGAAAGAGAAGAAGAGAACGCGAGCGAGGAAAAAGAAGAAGAUAAUGCACCACAGCAGCAAUCACAAGAUACUGUUGGUUGGAGAAGGUGACUUCUCCUUCGCAGCCUGCUUAGCUCGAGCUUUCAGCUCUGCUCCUAACAUCGUUGCCACUUCCCUAGAUUCCCGAGUGAGCUUGAAGCGGAAGUAUUCGAGAGCCAGCAUAAACUUAAAAGAGCUUGAGGAUCGGGGAUGUACGGUUCUGCAUGGAGUGAACGCCCACACAAUGAGCAAACACCCGAGCCUCAUACUUAAGUCUUUCGACCGCAUCGUAUUUAAUUUCCCCCAUGCAGGUUUCUUCUACAAAGAGGAUGACCUUCGACAGAUUGAGAUUCACCAGAAACUCGUCAAAGGGUUCCUCAAGAGUGCAAGUUCGAUGCUAAGUUACAAUGGGCAAGUUCAUAUUACCCACAAGACGGCCUAUCCUUUCAGCACAUGGGCCAUAGUCAGUCUGGCCAAGGAAGUUGGGUUGUACUUGCUCGAUGAAGACGAGUUUAUGCCCUUGAGGUACCCGGGGUAUGUCAAUAAGAGAGGAGAUGGGUCUCGAUGCGAUGAAAGUUUUCCCAUUGGACCGUGCAAAACAUAUAAGUUCACCAAAAGUUAGAUGGGUUCUUCUAAUCAGUUAUAGUGACUAGUGAUUUCCAUUGUAAAGUCGAUUUCUACGUUAUUCCUAGGAUGAAGUGUGUGUAUAUAUACUUAUAAGAUGCAUUACUCCUUUAAAAUCUGUGCAAAUGUAUAAUUAAUUUUCGCUAGAGAA